AUGCUUGAUUCCUUUACUGAUGUGAUCUACGUGGGCAGUGCUGUUAUGUUUAUCUUUUCUAUUUUGGGGCUUGGACAGCAGGAAACUGCUAGAGCUGGUAAUUGGUUUGGUAUUAUCGGUAUGCUGGCUUGUGCCGUUAUGCAGUACAUUCGUACCGGAAUUAUUAGCGAGCUUGCCGAUUGGGGUGAUUUGGUGAAUAAUGGCCAGGCUUGGUGGGCUCCUCCAAUUUUUACGGUGAUCGGUCUCGCAAUCGGUAUCUUCAUCGCUUGCCGUGUUGCCAUGACUGGAAUGCCUCAGAUGGUCGGUCUCCUUAAUGCUUUUGGAGGUCUGGCUGCUGCUUUGGAAGGCCUUGCUCUGCUCUUCUCUCCCAACGCUCUCACAUUCCUGAGCCCUGCUUACCGCAGUUCGGAGGCUGUGAUUCAGAUCGUUUUCAUGGAGCUCGGUAUCUUUAUCGGUAUCGUCACUUUCGUCGGUUCAGUUGCCGCUUGCUACAAGCUGGACGGAAAGCUGAAGACUCCUCAUUUCAACGGCUUCGCCGUUGUGAACGCCAUCCUGAUGAUCAUUUCGAUCGUCCUCAUGGUUCUGGGAGGUCUCACUGCCUUUUUUGAUAAGGAGGUUCGUGACUUCUUCCCUCCCGUGAUGGACCUUUCCUGGGGAUGGGUGUUCAACAUUAUUUUGGUUGUUGUUGCUGGAAUCUAUGGUUAUUGCUUUGUCCUUCCUAUUGGAGGUGCUGAUAUGCCUGUGGUUAUUUCUGUGCUGAACGCUUUCUCCGGAAUCAGUGGAUGCACUGCCGGAUUCAUGCUGCAGGAUAACCUGCUGAUUAUUACUGGAGCCAUCGUCGCUUCCAGCGGAGCCAUUCUGUCCUACAUCAUGUGUCUGUCCAUGAACCGUUCUCUGAUGAGCGUGCUCGCCGGAGGAUUCGGAGAGGGUUCCUCCAAGGCCCCCGCCAAGAAGGAGGGCAAGUCGGAGCCCGAGAAGCCCCACUUCCCCAUCAAGCCCGAGGCGGUUGCCGAGAAGCUGAUGGACGCCAAGAGAGUUUUGAUCGUCCCUGGAUACGGAAUGGCCGUGGGCCACGCGCAGCACGCCGUGGCCGAAAUGACCAACAUUCUGAUCAGCGUCGGAAAGAGAGUGGAGUUCGGAAUCCACCCCGUGGCGGGUCGUCUGCCCGGCCACAUGAACGUGCUGCUCGCCGAGGCCAACGUCCCUUACAACAUCGUGCACUCGAUGGAGGAGGUGAACCCGACGAUGAAAGAGAACGACAUCACGCUGGUCAUUGGUGCCAACGAUACGGUGAACCCUGCUGCCGAAAACGAUCCCACCUCCGCCAUUGCCGGAAUGCCCGUGAUCCGCGUGUGGGAGUCGCGCCAGGUGGUCGUGUUCAAGCGAUCCAUGGGAAAGGGUUAUUCGGACGUCGAGAAUCCGCUGUUCUUCUUCGAGAACACCAACAUGUGCUUCGGUGAUGCCAAGCAGACCGUGGAGGCCAUCGUGACCGAGCUGAAGGAGAAGACCAAGAACGCGGAGAAGAUUUCGGCCGAUGCGGUCGCUGCUGCCAUGCAGCAGGAGGAGGAGUUCGACUUCAAGGCGUACGAAACGAAGAUGACCGUGGGUAUUCCGAAGGAGGUCGGCGAGGAAGAGACCCGUGUGGCUAUGACUCCCAACGCUGCCAUCAACCUGCGGAAGAUGGGCUUCAAGGUGGUGAUCGAGGAGGGCGCCGGUGAGGGCUCGAUGUUCACUCGCGAGGAGUACGAGAAGGUCGGUGUGGAGAUUGUGUCUGCCGAGGAAGUGUUCUCCAUGUCGGAUGUGAUCGUGAAGCUGAACGAGCCUCUCCCCAAUGAGAUUAAGAUGCUGCGAGAAGGCCAGGUUCUGGUCUCCUACGCUUCGCCCGCUCAGAAUCCUGAUAUGCUGAAGGCUGUCGCCGAUAAGAACGUGCAGUGGCUCGCUAUGGAUAGCGUUCCUCGUACCACGACCGCUCAGAAGCUCGACUCGCUGUCCUCGAUGGGAAAGAUCGCUGGUUACCGUGCCGUGAUCGAGGCCUGCUCCGCCUACCAGGGCUUCUUCGCCCCUCAGAUCACUGCUGCCGGAAAGUUCGAUCCCUGCAAGAUGCUGAUUAUUGGUGCUGGUGUCGCUGGACUGGAGGCGAUCGGCGCUGCCAAGGCGCUGGGAGCCGAUGUGCGCUGCUUCGAUACCCGUUCGGUGUGCCGAGAGCAGGUGGAGUCGAUGGGUGGAACCUUCCUGGACCUGAAGGUGGCCUCGACCGAGUCUGGAGAAGGCAAGGGAGGAUACGCCAAGGUGAUGAGUAAGGAGUACAUCGAUGCCGAGAUGGCUCUGUUCCUGGCCCAGGCCAAGGAGUGCAAUGUGAUCAUUUCCACCGCUGCCAUUCCGGGUAAGCGCGCGCCCAUUCUGCUGAAGCGGGAGCACGUGGAGGCCAUGAAGACGGGCUCUGUGAUCGUGGAUCUGGCUGCCCGCACUGGCGGAAACUGCGAGCUGACGCAGCCCGGCGAAGUGGUCGUGCACAAGGGCGUGACCAUCAUCGGAUACAAGCAGCUGCCCUGCCGCAUGUCGCGUAUCGCCUCGGAGAUGUACGCGAACAACAUCUUCCGUCUGCUGGAGCACAUGGGCAAGGCGCAGGACUUCAAGAUCGACGUUUCCGAUGACAUCAUUCGCUCGAUGCUGGUCUGCAACGGCGGCGCGGUCACCUAUCCGCCCAAGGACGUCAGCGCCCCGCCUCCAAGCAAGCCCAUCGUCAAGAAGACCACCAAGUCGGUGGCGGUGCUGCCUCAGCAGUCGCUCUCGGACAACGCGCGCCGCGCCAUUGCGGUCAUCGCCAUGUUCGUUGUGCUGGUGGUGGUGGGAUUCUUCCUGCCUCCGACCUUCACUUCCCAGUUGAUGGUGUUCGCUCUGGCCUGCGUAGUUGGUUACAACUCCAUCUGGAACGUCACGUCCUCGCUGCACACUCCUCUGAUGUCCGUGACGAACGCUAUUUCUGGAGUGGUCAUUUUGGGAGCUCUGUUCCAGGCCAUCGAUCCUUUUGACUCGAUUUCCUUCUGGAUUUCUCUGGUUGCUAUUUUAUUCUCCGCCAUUAACAUUGGUGGUGGAUUCUAUAUCACUCGUCGCAUGCUCGACAUGUUCAAGAAGAUGUAGUUCGUUUGUUUCGUU